GAGUCAGAUGAGGGCACGCCGUGUCACGAUCGCGCAGGAGAGCGUGGAUGGACGGACAGUUGGGGCCAUAUGGGCGGCUGAGAUUUUGGACUCCACUUGUCAAGAGGUUGUGGAAAGGAGGCCAGCCAAGACUGAGUCAAACCCUCAAGCCGGGAGCGCUUGGUUGUGUGUGUGUGGGGCGGGGGGGUCUUACGGAUCAACCUGGACUGGGAUCGUGUUGCCCGCCGCCAUGUUCUGUGCAGCGAAGGUGAGGUUGUUGUGUGCUCCGUUCGUGCGGUUAGCUCCGGCUGUGAUGGUGCACCAGGUGGAUGCUGGGGGAAGGUGUGAGCGAUCACGUGCGGCGACGCUCGUGUUUGACGCCUCGGGGUGAAACGCAGUCGUUCGAGAUAACGACGUAGUAGCCACCAACCGACGCCGCCCUCUGCACGCUGUAAACGGUGGCGUCUGAGCAUAAAUAUUCCAGCUGACGGUCCCUCCUCCGCACACCUUUAUAACCCCGUCAUUGAUCUUAGACACAGAGAGGCUGCGUCUCAUUGGCUGAUGGUUUUCCCUCCCCCUCCUCCAGUCUCCCUCAUAAUUAGUCUUUUAAAGAUCAUCAUUCAACCAUUUUCAUCAACCACCUCCUCCUCCUCUUCCUCCGCUCCCUCCUCCCUCACUAUCUGCCUCUCUUGGGAGGGAGGUGUGGCAAGGAUCAUGUAAAUAAAUCCCCCUCCCCCCUUCCUCCUCUGUUUUUUACUCCCUUAACUCUCUCUCUCUCUUCUUCAAUCGUUGGGUGAGGGGUUGAGGUGAGGUGGGAGUCUGGGGGGUGAGGCAGCAUCCAUCUCCUUGUAGCCUUCAACCUUAAAAACUCGUGUGACAGCAGCUUAACCGGAGGCUAGACUUUCGUCACGCUCCCACAGCUCGCCACCGAUUCCCCUGCAACCCACCCCUCCCCUCCCUCCUCCUCACCCCCCGAACGCCACACUCCUCCUCCCUCCCCCCCUGCAGCGCGACUCCUCUCCACUCACUCUGUAGCUUGUGAGACUGAAGGCAGCCUCGGUGCGUGGAGGGAAAGACAGAGAGAGAGAGAGAGAGAGAGGAGAGAGAGUGAGGCUUUCCCAGAAUAGAGAAGCAGGAGGAGGUGAGAGGCAUGAUGAUGGAAGCCAGCUUUGACACUGAGGAGAGUUUUGACGAUCCUUCCUGUCUCACCCCGCAGCCCCCCGGCUCGGUUUCGCCUGCCAGGCGGCAGAUCAAGGAGGUCAAGGAGACCAAGAUCACUAUCAACUGUGUGACUUUCCCACUGCCUGGAGAAGUUCCGGAGCAACAGCUCCUGAAGCCCAACGAAUGGAGCUACUGCGAUUACUUCUGGACCGACAAGAAAGACCCCCAGGGGACCACCUCUGUGGCGGGCUUCGAGGUCCUUCUACAGAAGCAGCUGAAGGGCAAACAGAUGCAGAAGGAGAUGGCUGAGUUUAUCCAUGAGAGGAUAAAGAUUGAAGAAGAAUAUGCCAAGAAUCUCUCUAAGCUGUCUCUGAGCCCCCUGGCAUUGCAGGAGGAAGGGACUCUCGGAGAAGCCUGGACUCAGCUGAAGAAGAGUCUUCACGAUGAGGCUGAAGUUCACCUGAAGUUCUCCAACAAGCUCCACUCUGAGGUGGAGAAACCCUUGCUGACGUUCAGGGGCGACAACUUCAAGAAGGACCUGAAAAAGUACGACCAUCACAUCGCCGACCUCAGGAAGCAGCUGGCGAGUCGCUACGCAGGUGUGGAGAAGGCUCGUAAAGCCCUGGCAGACAGACAGAAGGAUCUGGAGGUGAAGACCCAGCAGCUGGAGAUCAAACUCAGCAACAAGACGGAGGAGGACAUAAAGAAAGCCCGGCGGAAAUCCACACAAGCAGGAGACGACCUGAUGCGCUGCGUGGAUCUGUACAACCAGACCCAGUCCAAGUGGUUUGAGGAGAUGGUCACCACCAGCAUGGAGCUCGAGAAACUGGAGGUGGAACGUAUCGAGUGGAUUCAGCAGCAUUUACGCCAGUACACGACUCUGAGGCACGAAACCGACAUGUUCAACCAGAGCAUGGUGGAGCCCGUCGACCAGCUGCUGCAGAACGUAGAUCCAGCCAAAGACCGAGAGCUGUGGGUGAAGGAGAACAAUACCGGCGAGGUUCGACCUGUGGAUAUGGACAUAUAGCUCAUAUCCUGCCUGCAGUAUUACACAUAAAACACACAUCUACAGAGUCCACAGGACGGUCUCCUCUAAUAACACUGAUCCAGGGUCAGUGCAUGGUCAGACUGCCGAAGGUCUGCUCAUCCUGCUCAGGUUCGUUAACUUUAUCGCAGUCUGAGUGCAGGAAACAGUAACGGAUCAAAGUACCAGCAUGUUCCUUCGAAAAAAACUAAAACAAAUGUUAACCCCUAUCAUAAUCAACAUUAGCUUAUUGAAUGCCAUUUAACUUACUCUGCUGUUUACCUGUUGUAAAGUUAAAAACUAUUAGAAAAAAAAGAAUUAUAUGUAUUUUGGAUCGUUUUAGCUUCAAUCAACACUUUUUCCAGUUUGAGUAAAACCAAACAAAACCAAACAAAAAAAAAACAGUCUAAUCACCGAUAUUACCUUUAUUUUAGAUACGGAUACUGAAGCUUAUCGAGAUCUUGAGAAUGAAUAUGAUAUAUUUUCAUAUUUUGCUGGUUCAUUUUGGUGGAAAUGCAUGUUUUGAAUAUCUUGCUUUUUAGUGUAACUGAAGAGCUGCACAAUUUUGUGGACCCAUUUUUUAUUUUUGUUGUUGUUGGUGUAAGUUCAUUGCAAGGUAUUCUGCAUAUUGUAAACAACAGAAUCAACUCAAACACACAAAAUCAACAACAACAACAACAACGUGGUGGUUCGGACUUAUAGGCCAGGGUCUAUUUUGGAUCCGGAGGAAUAAAAAAAGAUUAAAAAAAGGUGGUCCAAGUUACACUGAAACACCCUUUAGUGCCUAACGGUUAUAUACCUGGAAUGUCCUUGACAUAACUCUGCAUCGGUGUACAUUUGUACAUACAGGCUAGAUGUAUUUUGCUGUCAGAUGUUUUAACGGGGGGUUUUUGGGGGGGACCAGAUGAGAUGUUUGUACUGUAAAAUGUUGUUUUUUGUUUUUAUUUUACAGAGAAUAUCUUUACGAUUGCGGUCGGGGUUUAAAAAAAGAGAAAAGAGGGCGAACAUGCAGCGUAACAAUUACACAUUUUACCAGAGACUGCAUGUACAGUGUGUGUCUGUGUUUACAUGUAUGUGUCUUUUGUCUUCUAUCUGAUUCAUUUCGAGGUUUGUUAUGUUGUUUUUAAAUCAGAAAUAAAAAUCCUAAUCCAGCUGCCCGGCACGAAGAGAAAAAGAUCUGCUAUGAAAAAAUACACAAACGCUCGCCUGCCUUAUCAGUGGCAUCGAUAAAGUGCAUUACAUUGUUUAUAUUUGUGUUGAAUAACCUUUUAUUUUAAUGCUUUAAAUCCCCAAAAAAUGCUAAAAUAUCUGUUUUUUUAAUCGGUGUGUGUCAAUGUUGUGCACUAAAUGUAACGAGUUAUUACGUUAACGACUAAAUGUGUUUUUUCGACGGUUUCACGAUGACGUAACGGUUCAGUUUUACCGCCCAUCUGUGGUUGACAUUUUCAUGAAGGUGCAUUAAAUCCGAUGUUUCCCCUC